AUGCCCAACAGAAUUGCCGAGCAACAGGGCACUCUGAUGCAUAACAACGCAACACACUUCUCGCAACUCAGCAGUCUAGACUGCAUCACACCGUCAGAAAGGCUGCCAAGAACACCCUAUGUGGAAGACGACGCUUUCCGAUCACCUACGCCAACCUCCUGUUACUACAAUUUGCGGUCAGCAACAUCCUACCAAGACGUCUUUCUUGUUCAACGGAGCUCCACAACUGGCGCCAGGAACUCCCCUGUCCCCACUACUCCUUCAUUUCAGGUGAGUGCCUCUAUUCGAUAG